CCGCCCCGCGCCCCCUCUCAGCCAAUGGGCGGUGUAGCUUUCUCAGGCCAAUGAAUAGAGAGGAGAGGCGGAAACCACUGCCUUGCAAGCCGGUAGAAAAGCCGGUACGGGAAAAGCCAGGGACGAAGUGUGCAAUCCUGACAGCCAAUCGACAAGAAAAGAGGCAAGAUGGUGUUUCCUAUUGGCGGGCGUGGGGGCGCGGUCUGUGGUUGGCCGGUAAACGGGGCAGUGGCGUCAGGGGUGGCAAGAUGGCGGCGGUGGGGUCUGCCCAGCUGCGCGUGGGCUUCGUGGGCGCAGGCCGCAUGGCGGAAGCCAUCGCGCAGGGCCUCAUCCGAGCAGGAAAAGUGGAAGCUCAGCACGUGAUGGCCAGCGCACCAUCAGACAGGGGCCUCUGCCACUUCCGGGCUUUGGGUUGUCAGACCACUCAGUCCAACCAGGAGGUGCUGCAGAGCUGCUCACUCGUCAUCUUUGCAACCAAGCCCCAUGUCCUGCCAGCUGUCUUGGCAGAGGUGGCCCCUGUGGUCACUGCUGAGCACAUCUUGGUGUCUGUGGCUGCUGGGGUUUCUCUGAGCAUCCUGGAGGAGCUGCUGCCCCCCUACGCCCGGGUGCUACGAGUCUCACCCAACCUGCCUUGUGUAGUCCAGGAGGGGGCCAUAGUGAUGGCCCGGGGCCGCCAUAUUGGGACCAGCGAGACCAAGCUCCUGCAGAACCUGCUGGAGGCCUGUGGGCAGUGCGAGGAGGUGCCUGAGGCUUAUGUGGACGUCCACACUGGCCUCAGUGGCAGUGGAGUAGCCUUUGUGUGCACAUUUUCUGAGGCCUUGGCUGAAGGCGCCAUCAAGAUGGGCAUGCCCAGUGCCCUGGCCCACCGCUUAGCUGCCCAGACUCUGCUGGGGACAGCCAAGAUGCUGCUGCAAGAGGGGCAGCUCCCAGCUCAGCUGCGGACGGACGUGUGCACACCAGGCGGCACUACCAUCUAUGGGCUCCAUGCACUGGAGCAGGGUGGUCUGCGAGCAGCUACCAUGAGUGCAGUGGAGGCUGCCACCUGCCGGGCCAAGGAGCUUAGUAGGAAGUAACCCAGGCCCUGGGCAAAGACCACCCACCCACCUCAUUCAUCUGUGCUGCCCCAGUGCUCCUUUGCCCACUCACUGCUGUAUGAGGGUUUCAUGCUGUCCUCCCAUCCCAAGGGGAAAUGUAAGGUGACAGGACUUGAGAGGUUCAGGCAAGCCUCCCACCAGCACAGAUAUCCUUCCCUCUUCCUCAGGCAGAAGGUACCUGCCCUAGUGAGCCCACUAUAAUGGCAGUGUUGGUUUUGAGGGUCCCCAGAGAUGGCCUCUUAGUCACGUGUCCACAUGGUGGAGCAGUUGGUCAAGGCCAUGAGCAGAGCUGCUGGUUGAGAAGGAUUGUCCCAGGGGCCUAGUCUGGAGCCCUGGCCUUUCCUUGGACUUCCCAGAGGCUUUGCACAGCUGCAGCCAGGCCAGUUCCCUCAUGUCAGCUCUGAAGGGUUCAGGACAUACAGAAUCUGCACAAGAGACCCACCCUCUCCCUCAGAAAAGUCAAGAGGCCUUGGGUCUUGACCUAGUGCUAGGCAGAACCACCUAUGGGGAGUGGGAGCCUCACUUUGCCAACCCCUGAGAAGAGGGGUUGUGUGCUCUUGUCUCAGCCAAGGAGAAGCCCCAAGAGCCCCCACAGCAGAGCUGCCUUGGGCUGGGCUGGGGGCAGUGGGUAGAUGGAGGGGGCUUGUCAGCUUCCCCUGCACCCUAACCUGGGCCCUAGCCAACCAGAAAGAAUGUAGACCCCUUGUUUACUUGAGCCUGGGCUCUUUUCUUCUAGGCCCUAUGUUCUUGGCAAGUGGCCGGCUGGGGCUGGGCCUGAUGACCCUGGGUCGGGAGUCCUAGAGAACCCUGUGGUCUGGCUUUACCACGCUGGCCUCAGAUUGUAAGACUCAGAUCCUCAGCAUGCCCCGAAGGGCCAGCAGGACCUGGGGAGAAGCAAGUCUAUGGAUCUGGCAGCUGAGGUUCUGGGGCCUUUGGAUGGGAAGAGUCCAGGGAGAUCAUCCCUGGUCUGUACCCACCCUUGAGAUUCAUGUCCUGUGUGGGCCAAGGGCUGUGCCAGUGUGGUAUAUCCAGAGGCAGGGAAGGUUGUGUGUCAUCCACCAGCUGGGUAACCUUGGCAGAUUAAUCCCCAUCUGUGAAACUGGGAUGAUGGCACCUAUAUAGUAGGAACUUCGUUUCCAUCCCUCAUGCCCACCUGUCUCUGACCCUCUUCCAGCCACACUUAACUCCCCUGAAGACAUACAGCCCCACUGGGUCAGCCCUCAUCCCUGAGCACCUGGUCCUAAGGCAGCCUGGCUUUUAGCCAGUGACUUGAUCUCAUUCUGGCUCUGGCACUUGUCAGAAGAAUCAAACUUUACCACCUGUCUGUGGGGAUGAGAAUAAAGAUGCUGUCUCAGCGCACCAGGUGAGCCUGGAUCCAUCAGAGGCUGAUGAAACCAAAUUCCAAGGGCCUGAAACCCCCAUCGCGGUGGCACCUGGGACUUUAAUGUGAACAGCAGAGAUUUCCCACCUCAGCUGCAGGUCACCAUUGCUUGAGGGCUUUGCGAGAACAUGGAAUUGCCAACUUCACCUGCACCCAGAUUGUCCCUCUAAGGGUCUCUGGGCCAAGUCAUGGGCUUGGGGCCUGGCACAGGCAACUCUGAAGGAACUCUUUGGACAGCCCUUCUGGAGGCUACCUGCCUUCACACUGACAAGCAGCCCAUCUGCUGAAUUUGAGUCAAUAUCUGUCCACCUAGGGAGCACAGUGGGCUCAGCUUGGUGGGUAGAAAAAUACAUCCAUUGUCCAGUCCUGGCCUCAAGCAGGCCACUCCCUGACUGAAGAACUUUGGUGGAGCUGGUGGUCUAUGACAAGGACACAUUGAUUCAAGAAAGGCAGUUCUUUUGGGGGAGGGGGACAUGAUUGUAGGUCUGCCCUCUACCUCGCACUGCCAGGAAAGACCAGAAACUGA